AUGGGGAUAGGAAAGAGCACGGUAGCUAAUGUGAGCUUCAAUCAUUCAAAUUCAUUUUAUUAUGCUGGUGAAAAAGUAACUGGAGUUAUUUCAUUUAAUAAUAUUUUUAAAAAGUUAACAUUACAUAAAGUUUCACUUGAAUUUACUGGAGAAUUCGGCUAUAUAGAACAACAAUUACAGCAUUGUAAUGAUGGUAUUGGUCAUAUACACACAGAAAAUCGUACAAUUCAGCAUCGAAUACCAUUCAUACAUAUUCCUCUUCCAUUUACUGAUUCGAAAAAUAAUGAGAAUAAAAUAACUCUGGACCGCGGUCAUUACUCUUGGCCAUUUGAGUUUACUCUUCCUGAAUAUUUACCACCAUCAUCAGGCUCAUCAAAAAGUUCACAUCCUUAUAUAAAAUAUUCCAUAUGUCUUGCUGUUAAUCAAUCAUGGUAUAAAUUAAGUAAAAAACAAAAUUAUCCGUUAACAAUAUAUCCACGUGUUGAUAUUGCGAAUGUAAAUGAAGAUGGACAAUCUAUUGUUGUGUCUCAUCGAAAUCGAAAACAUUUACAAUUUAAAGCUUGUUUAAGUCAUGAAAGUGUUUUACCUGGUGGCAAAUUUUCUCUUGAUAUUGAUCUUGAGAAUCUUAAACGAUUAAAAAUAAGUGGAAUUGAAGCAAUAUUAAUUCAACAUCGAGAAAUCGCUCAAAAUAAUCAUUCUGAAGUUAUUUUUCAAAAGGAUUUACCAAUUCCAGCAGAUUUUAAUAAAACAGAAUUUCACGAAACUUUUGAUAUGCAUAUACCUUCUGGUCUUCUACCGCCUACAUAUCAGUAUAUGGCAUCAUGUGAUAAUUUAUCGAUUUAUACUAAUAUUCAAUAUGAACUAAAAUUAGAUGUUAAACUUCAUGGUUACCUUAAUGAAAUGAAUUUAAGCAUUCCAAUUAUUAUCGGAACAGAAUCGUCAUUGGAACAAUUUCAACCGAAAGAAGAUAGUUACUACGAAAUGUCAACAAAUAAUACAACAGUUCUGAGAGAAAGGAAUGCGCCGGAUAUUUAUGAACCGUCAACUGAAAAUCUGACAACGCUGUAA